AUGAACUUUCUAAAGUCUCUGGGGUCAACAAAUGUUUUAGUCAAUACGAAGUUUGUGAGUUAUGAAUUUGCCCGAUAUGCGUCCUCUCUUCCAUCUUUAAAAAUUUAUAGUCUGAGGAGGCGUUUGGCAGAAAAAUUGUCGAAUAAAUAUGAUCUUGAAAGGGUUCAAGAAAUCGGACCAGAUUUAGCAUGUUUGGAAUGGCUAAUGGAAUGUGGCUCAACAAGGGUGAUCAUGAAUGAUCAAGAGAAUAUAUGUAGUAUAAGACAAAUGAAAGAGUAUAUAUCAUUCGCUUUGAAUAAUAACACAACGCAAAAUACCAGGCCGUCAGCUUUACCUAAUGAUACUUCGUAUGUCCUAAAAUGGAAGCAUGUACCACCGAAUUAUAUCGUAAACGUGGAUGCAAGCGAUUCUGCCAUUGCCAAUGAAGGUUUCCAGUACUUUCGCGAUCUCCGGAUGUUAUCUGUUCUCAAGCUGAAUUUCUGUGAUUAUUUCGGGGAUGAGGCCUUAAGGGAAUUAGCACUAGGACGACCAGCACAAACACUCUCAGACAUUGAAAUAGUUUUGAACCCCAGUAUCACAGAUGGUUCUGUCUAUUGGAUCAGUCGGCUGAAAGCUCUGCGGAGAGCUCAUUUUUAUUUUCUGCCGUACAUUUCAAACCGACAGGCAUUUGUUAGGCAAUUGAAAACUUCUGUUCCUAAAUGCAAGGUGACAUUCCCAGAAAUCGGAAAUAUAGGCUACGGUUAUUCGGACAAGAAAUGA